UCCGCUAAAAAAAUGACGUACGCAGUUCAAUCUAGUUUUUUAAUAAAUGUAUUCACAAAAUGGCAGCAGCAAUGGAUGUUGACAACAAUGAAGAUAUUGAUGAAGGUCCAAGUGUUUCAGGAGAAAGAGGAAGCAAAAAACGUUUUGAAGUUAAAAAAUGGAACGCUGUUGCCCUUUGGGCUUGGGAUAUUGUUGUAGAUAAUUGUGCUAUCUGUCGCAAUCACAUCAUGGAUCUCUGUAUAGAAUGUCAAGCAAACCAAGCAUCUGCCACUAGUGAGGAGUGCACUGUAGCUUGGGGAGUUUGCAAUCAUGCAUUCCACUUUCACUGCAUCACUCGCUGGCUGAAGACCAGACAAGUGUGUCCCCUGGAUAACAGAGAGUGGGAGUUUCAGAAGUAUGGCCACUAGCCUGAAGUCCCCGCGCCACACCCUGUGCGGGAGACUUGUGUGGCCAACAAGUCACAUUACAAACUUGUACAGAGUCACGUGUUGGUGAAAGACGUUCAAGUGUGUCGUUUGCUUUGACUGUUUCCGUCUUCAGUUUCUUUUUUUGAUGGGUUUUAAAACUUAGGAAAAUAAAAAUCUUUUUUUUUUAAACAUUUUUGUUUUUGUGCUCUAUUUAAAAUAGUGUUUUGUAUUUAAAAUAGUGUUUUGUAUUUAAAAUAGUGUUUUGUAUUUAAAAUAGUGUUUUGUAUUAGCUUUUAUGUUCGUCGUGUUUCCCUUUAGCAUGAAUGGGAUGUGUGGCCGAGAGGCUAAGUACACUUGGACUUGCAUGGCUUGGCUGCCUAUCAAAGGGGGCUUCAGGUUCAAUCCCGAUUCGAGCAGAGUUGUGUUUACGAGCGCCUAAAGGCAGCACAUAAAACUUUCUCCUAGAUACUUUCACUAGUCCAGAAAUAAGAUUGGACCAUAGCGCUCUGAGCAUGCUAUAAGCAUGAAAGAUGGGUCAUAUUUUUUUUUGUAUUCAGUUGUUAGGAAAAUAUUUUGUACAGUUUUAAUCCAUGAUUGCUAACCACUAGUUGAAGCGUAAUACAGAAUAAGCAAGGACAUUCAAGCUUCCAAGUUUCAACAUUUAUUGGUCGAGUUAGUUUUAUGGCCACUAGUCUGUCCCUGUCCCUUACCCAUCAGUGCUGGGAUGUACAUGGAGCUAAUCUCACGAUGCCAACCCGAGAUUCGAACCGAGACCCUCAGUAGGACAGACCAAUGCCUUACAAUUCGACCAUCGCUCUCAAUCAGUUAUAUUAGUCACGAAAAUAUGUUCGUCUAUAAAAAGAAAAAAGGAAUACGUUCUUAGUUUCAAAAAUCUUCUUUUCAGUAAGUCUUUUGCGAUUCGGAUACCACAUACGUCAUUUCGAUGUAGAUUUAUCGGUACUAUUAAGACGCACUCAACUCUAUGUUUGAAACACUAAAGUCUUCUGAACGCAGGAUUUGAAACUUGAACUAGAAAGAUGGGUUUAAAUAUGUUUUGCUUUUAGAUCUGUAUCUUUACGUAUUUUCAUUCAUUGUAGGGUUAAACAAGUCCAUUGUAUAGCUACAUAUCCCGAUAAUACUUCGUAAAGGAUAAUACAAGAAAGCCAAAAUAAGUCUACGUUAUAAAAGCCCGAAUCAGUCGAUGUUAAGAAGACCCGAAUCAGUCAAUGAUCCGAAUCAAUAUAAUCAAUGUUAAGGAAUCCCGAAUCAGUCUGUGUUAGAAAUCCCAUUUUAGUCUAUGCCAUGGUACCGUAAUCCCAAUCAGCUUAUGUUAUCAAAAUCUGAUUCGGUCUAUUUUAUGACUACUAUAUCUUUGAACUAUAAAAAUGCAAAGAGUCUUGUCAACCUAUGUAACUCUUCAGCACGUUCUAAUCAACUUGUGAGCGAUGUGCAUUUAGAUUUUAUGAGAAGAGAACUCUGCCAGAUGCUGAAAACCUUUUACAAAAAAAAAUAUUUCACUGAGUGGCCCAUCAUGAAAAUGGCUCCCUAAUCAAUAAUUUAAGUGCACUAAUUCUCUUCAAGUUCCCAGAAAGACGGUUCCUGUCGGGAUUUUUUUUUGUGGUGACAUUGAUGUUAACUACUUGCUUUUCCCCCCAAUACUUUAAAGGGAAGUUACAGGUCUUUUCUAUUGGCUCUCUCUCUACCCUACCUAUGUUUGGUAGUGGGUCAAUCAAAUCGUCUACGAAAAGCCAGAAGUAUAAUCCAUGCGUUCGUAAAGUCAUUCUACUUAAAGAUUUUAUAAGGUUAUAAUUGCCGGAAGUGGUAAUAGAUCUAAGCAAUCCACUACCUGUAAAAUGAUCUCAUUAGUAUGCGUCUAAAGUUUUCUCUGACAACCAGUCCUACUCCUGGCCUCCCUUUGUGGCUCAAAUAUUGGGCCCGGCGGAACUUAGCACUAACACAAGAAGGUGACAAAGGCGAGUAACUUGCGCUUAAAUCAGUUAGCUUCUGGCGGAAGAGCUCGCUAGCCAUGGCUGGCUACCUCUAGAAUAAGACAAAACUUUGAAUUCAAACCUCUGCUGCAUUGCAGCUAUAUCCUAACAUGGAAAAGGCUUCGGGAGUCAACCCUGAGAGACAUCGGUAGCCAGCUACCCUUAGGCAGUUUGAAGCACAACACCCUGACAGAGCCUGCGACGCCGCUGAUGCCAAACUGUAUCGGCACUUGCCGUUCCAUUAAAAACAAAAACUGCGUCAAAGGAGGAAACUGCGGUGUGGGCUACAUCGUUCCGACAUUAGCCAAUGUCCAGUCAUCCAACUCAUUUCUUAGAGAUGAUACAUAGUUGCUUUGAAGAAGGCCGUAGAGAGGUAGACUACAUUAAACGCAAUCGAUUAUACUUUCACUUUGUAUACAUUCUUUAAAAACUUCACUUUACAUUGGAGUACUAUUAGCCAUUUCGAAGAGAGUCUAUGUCUAGAUCCAAGAGUUAUAGUCUAAAUAGAAUUGACAUUGCUGACGCUAGCGAAAUGGAACCACACUACUAGACAAGAGCGACGUACGCUUGUAGCCUGUAGCCUGAUUCUCGUGUUUCAAGAAACAUUGCCUCGUACGAAAUGAACUUUUGUUAUUGGAAAUUAGUUUAAGACUUAGGCGUUGUCAGAAUACUUGAGUAGUAGUUAUAGCAAGAGCUGCAAUGGUCACUUUGUGUGAUUACAUCUAUGUAUAUAAAGCUAAUUCACAUUGACACUAAGUUCUGAUCGAUAUAGUUCAACAGUUAGGAAAUAACAAGGACCGUAGACAAUACAUGAGAUAGUCUGUGACUUGGGACUAACUCAGCGUUCAGCUUUUUAUUAAUGAGACAGUCAACGAAUUUUCGUUAAACUGUCAAGAGCACUUUGGAUACACAUUAACUCUCUCUCUCCGUAAUUAUUUACCACUUUCUGGUGGAAUCAACGCUGGUAUCGACAGUUAGGAGAAAAAGAGUUAAAGCUGAUAAGAUUCGAAAGGAAAUGUGCGUCAGUUUUAACUUCCAUUGAGUUGAAUGACUUCAUCUGAUCUAUGGGAAGAAGUGAACAACGUUACGACUGUUGUGGCAGCGGCACAACUCUCAAUGAAUGGUUUGGACGAACACUUUCUGGGAAGAUCUGCAUACCAGAACUGCGAAAAACAAGGAAGGGGGGGGGGGCUAAUUCCAGCUCCGGAGAAAUUCAACACCCGGCACCUUACAUUUAGGGCGAAUCUGAAAUGAUACAAACGUAUAAUCGAUUAUUUAUUCAUUUUUCCCCCCACCCCCAACUCUUCUGCUUCCCCGUCGGUUACGCCGCUGCUUUUACUUAAUAAGAAGUCUACAUACUUAUUUUAUUUAUCAAGAGAGAAACAAGACUUAAAGACGUAUGCGUCCAUUGAAUUACUUUGUAGCAACGUCCGUGUCAUGAGAAAGAAACAAAGAUAAAGGCACAUUCCUCGUCCCAUAUGCUAGGACAAAUUUGUACAAAUACUCCUUCUUCCCUAGCGCUAUUAGAGCAUGGAAUGGGUUGCCUGAGCUAGCCAGGAAAACCAGUGACUUGGCAGAAUUUAAGUCAUUGGUUAAUAUGCAUGACUGAAUGCAUGACGCGUAGGACGUAAUCACCUUCUUUUUUUGAAGUAACGUCUGUAUUAUAUAAGAUAAGAUUAGAAGAACCAUUUAGAAAAAGUCUUGAUAUGAAUAUGUAAUCUGAUUUUACAAUGUAUUUUCUAUUAAUGCUAAUUAAAAUAAAACAUAAAUCUGUAUAAACCACCGUGGUUUGAAAAUACUGCGUCCAAAAUAUAUGUAUAAAAAAAAAAUAGUUUGAAAAUACUGCGUCCAAAAUAUAUGUAUAAAAAAAAAAAAGAAGAAGGUCGAUGUUUAAUGAGCAAUUUAUUUUAAUCUGUUGUACUCGUGGCCCAAGAGAGUUCCUGUUAGCGGCACUAAUAUCUCCAGAUUAAAAUUAUCACUAAAAUUUUGUCAUAAUCACUUGAGCAAGCAUUUGACAUUUUCAUUAAAUUAAUGAUACCAAACAAAAUUCUUUUAUAAUAGUUUAAAAAACAACAACUCUAGAACCAUUACCUUGUGACAUUGACCCUUUCAGGGUGACGUAUUUUUUAAGUUCACGUGACCAAAGCCCAUAGAUUCCGCUUUUCCAUUGGCGAGUAAGUGAGACAGUCUGGACUUCCUGGAUACUGUCUGGUAACUUCUGUCUGGCCUGUGUAGAAUGUUAGCUUGACCUGCCGUCUGCUCCAUAAGUUUGUUCGAGAGAGUGUUAAAACAGAAAUUGACCAGUAAAACACACACUUUAAAAAAACUCUCUUUAAAAGAUGAACCCACGCAGGCUUUUAUUGACUAGAUACAUUGGUUAUAAAGAUAUAGGGUGAGACUAAUUGGAAAUGAACGCUCCUCCAAUAACACAGUAGGCCUAUAUGCUUUAUCUAUUUUUAUUUCCAAAAUUAAAAUAGACUCCAAAUAACUGAGCAACCGGGUAGCUUCAAAGGCGUAUGCAGGUGGUAGGGUAGGACUGGGGACCUGAAUGACACCGUAGAAAACAUUUGAUCUAAAUACUUGAUUGCCAUUGAAGAAAUGAUUAAAGAGUUGAUAGGUCGCAAGAAAUGAACUGCACUUCAAUGUCCACGAUACGCCCUUUGUCCGAUUGUGUUUUUUUUUUUGUUUGUUUUUGUUUUGUCUGAGUGUGUGUGUUGUUGUUUUUUUUACAAUAAUAUUAAGAGGGAAUUGUUUUAAAAUUUUCGUUUCUUUGGACUGCGUGUUCAGGGGGGGGGGGGGAAUUGUUGUGUUCUGACCAUAGAUAAUGCACCUAUUUACACUCUUGUGGAGUCAGCCGAGGACAGUGUCCUUCUUAAUAAAUUGUAUUCUACAAACUUG